GAGAGAGCUAGGGGUUUAGCUCAGUGGUGCCGUUGCCUGCCUUGCAAUCUCAAGGUCCUGAGUCCAACUCCCCCACAAAAACCCCCCAGAAUUGCCGCAAAAGAAAAAAGGAGGAGGAGGAGGAGGGGAGGAGGGAAAGGAGGCGAGGGUGGAGGGGAGACCAUUUUGCCUGGAAGAGACAACAACAGGGAGAGAAGUCCGGAAAGGCCCCAGGGGAGUGAGCAGUUGGGAGAGCUGAUUUCAGGGAGAACAGGGGUGCUCAGGAGAAGCCAGAAGCGAGAGCCGAGGAGGCCCUGAGGUACAGGAGCAAAGUGAUAAAGCUGUGGGUGCCCUGCGGGUGGCAUGGGUCUGAGGGGCAGCAGGCUGGAGAGAGGAAGCCAGCAGAGGUCACUGCCUGGGAGCUCUGCCCAGGCUCACAGGCCUGGGGUGGAAGUUCUAGCUGAGCUGCACCCCUCUCCCUUCAUUUAUAGCAGUCUCAGGGCCCGGCUCCUACCCAGCCCCAGCAGGGCUGGCUGUGGUGCACUGCAGGUGUCAGUCAGCCUGCCCGCUCCCCCUCCCCGGGAGAUCGCGUGUCCUCAGGGCAGGGGUGGCUCUUGCCCCGCUCUGUGACUUCUUCCACAGUGGCAUUCAGCCCAGCACUAAGGACUGGCACCGGGGUCACCCAGAUGCGAUGGGCACCUGUAGGGACAUAUUCAACCCACCUCCACGCCCUCUUGGCCCCACGUGGGCACCAUGCCCACCGGGUGGGCAGUGGCAGGGGGGGAAAGUGCGGGGUACUGACGCGGACCGUUGGUCAGCAGUGGGACUGCGGGUAAGUUAUUUCACUGCCUUAGGGCUCCGUUUCCCCACCUGACACAGCAGUACGGAGCCUAGCAGAUGGCAGUGUGUGUUGGAGUGUGUGUCAGGCGGGGCACAGCAGCACAGGCCUGUAAUCCCAGCACUCAGGAGGCUGAAGCAGGAGGAUUGGCACAAGUUGGAGGCCAGGCUAAGAUACAUAGUGAGUUCAAGGCCAGUCUGAACGACAGAGCAAGACCCUGUCUCAAAAAAAGAGGCCAAGAGAAGACAGUGUAGCAGCUGUUCUUUCAGACCUGGAGCCCAGGUGAGGGGGAAGGGGCUGCGCCUCCAUUAACUGGCUGUGUGAUCUCAGCAAGUCCCUGCCUCAGGUUACUCACUGAUGGUACCCACCCUAAAUUAAAUUUAAACAAAUACACUUGGGAAUGAAAAGCCAGUGUAAGAAACUCUGGGUGUUGGCUCUUGUGUUGGGUAGGUGGAAGAGAGAGGCAGGGGAGGGGAGGAUUUGGCUGGAGAAUGCACACUCAGACCCGGAAAAGGGCUGAGCAGAGGGCGAGAGAAGAGACGGGAAGAGGAGGCCAUGGUACACGUCGUGGAGAGAGAUGAACGGGCUCUGGGCCCUUGGAGCCACUGUGGGUGACGGCAGACUCUACAGCGCCGGGAGGCAGCUGGCUUCCUUUUUUGUGACCCAGAAUGCUAUGUAAGCAGAGGCCGUCUGGCUUGAUCCCAGAGUUGCUGGAAAUCUCCAAAAAGUGCUUUUCUCUCCAUCUGCCUGUUUUAUGUCUCCCCAGCUGGAAAGUAACAUGGGGUUACACAAAUAUUCUACCACUCCUCAACUCAAGGAAACCGAAUGGCUCAGAAGAGGAUGUGGAGGAGGCACUGGCCCUGGGGGAGGUGGGCGAGACAGCCCGGCGGUACCAGGUAACGGGCCGUUGGAGGAGAGAGGGGAGCCUCACCUCGCACCUCAGGCCUCUGGACAGCAGCUCAUUCUUUUGUUUUUUGUGUGUGUUGUUUUUUUUGGUACCGUGAUCGAACUUGGGACCUUAUGCUUGCCAAGCAGGCGGCGGAACCACUGAGCUAAAUCCCCCCGCACCCCGCAGCUUAUUCUUUUAAAAGCAAACUUCUUCUUUCUCACUGUAUGAAAACUGCAUAUUCUUUAAAGAACAGAAGGAGAAAAUAUAGGCAAGCAAAAAGAAGGCAGCAAUCCUGUCCCGCCGUCUGAUGUGUAUUCACACUUGCAGACACUUCCCUGAGUGUGCACAUGGACGUGAACAGCGGCAUCCUUUACACUCUUUGUAACCUACCCUUCCCCUGCAGUUCAUCACGGCCACCUUUCCUUGUGCCCAAUGUACUGCUGCCGCAUCUUUUAAAUGAUUUCACAAUUAGAUAACGAUGGCAAUAAUCUGUACGAUGCUCCACAGCUUACAGAGCAAUCGGGAUCCAUUAUCUUAUUUCAGGCUUUGUCCUUCCUGCACGAGGUCCCUCCCUUAGGAGCUUCUGGUUCUCGAAGAGGCCACCCUGCCUGCCUGGGCUCCACCCUGGCCCCACAGUCAUGGCGCUACUCCUGGGACCGAGGUUUGGGGAGAGGAGGCCACCCCCAGCUCACUUCCUGUGUGACCCAGCGUGACUUCUGCCCUUUCUGCCUCACUUUCUUCCCAGCCUCAGCUGUUCUUCCUGCCUUCCGCUCUGGUCUUCGAGGGGUUCCUUUCCUUCCGCCUUUCCCUCCCUGCACUGUCCGCCUCCUUCCCGUGUGGUUCUUGCGAGGACGUGCCAGAUACCACCCACGAGGUGGGCUGCGUGGCCCUGUGCUCCCUUCGUCCCCGGAAAUGACUGAGCCCUCUCACUGCCGUGCUCACAAGUGGGGAGUGUUGGGGGCCAAAGGCACACAGAUCAAAGGGGACGGGGUGGGCCAGAGCCCGGGUCCUCACUGCCUUAUGUGCCUAUCUCUCUCCACACCCCGUCCUCUCUCCCUCUCUGGCUCUCCCAUCCCUCUGACAGCUGGAGAGUGGCUUGUGUAUGAGAGAGCAGGGAGAAGGGAGGGAAGGAACAGCCUGGCCCAGAACUGUCGCGACUCCUGCCGUGCUGGGACUUUAGUCCCUUUGCCCCAUCUGUCCUGCUCCUCCUCUGUGGUGGGAAUGAGGAAGAUGAAGGAAGAUGCUCCUCAGAGCCAGGGCCCAGACUGUUCAGAUGUCCUGCCUCCCCUGCCUCCCAGGCACACUGAGGGCAGGCGAGGCCAGGGCUGGGAUUCCCUCUUAGUCGGCCGAGUUCCCUCUCAGGGCUGGGCCUCCUGGCUCCAGAGCGGACACAUACCACAGAGCUGGGGCUCCAGACCUUCGGCAACAGCCAGCUCUCUCCUGGAGUGUCCCAACCCUCUGGGAAUGCUAGCCCCCUGGCACCAUGGACCUCAACAGCAAGAUCAUGAAAAUUCUUCAUCUGGGGACCCUUUGUGAGAUUUGCUCCUGGCAAGAUCUAAUGGAGGAGAGAACUUGGUCUCAGCAGGCUCACCGAGGACCCUCUGCUUGAGCCUGCCCUCAGACUCGCCGUGUAACUUCUGCUCUGACUGCAUAUCGCGGCUCACCGAGGAUCCGCUGCCCUCACAGGACUUUGAUGCUCACUAAGGCUCUGCCUUGGGCUCCUUCAAGUCCUUGGUCUAAAUCCAUCCCCAGCCCCACCUGCCUGUUUUCCUGGUACAAUGCACUGUCAAAGCCACUUCCUCCACCCUCUUCAGAGGGGGACAGUGCCACCCUCAUGGUCACUUAAUUGUGACCUGAGUGGCCCAAUUUCAUGGCAGACACCCCAGAGCUGCCUUGGGUCGGCAUGUCUCUGAGUCCUGGGUAAUGCUGAGGAGCACCAGCAUUCAUCCUGGCAGCUUCAAAGGGAUGGAAGGGACCCAGGCAGAAGACCCUUGGGGGUUGUGUAUUGGAGCUCUGGCUGGAAGGAGGAAGACUUUGCUAUGGGGGGUGGUCGUGGGCCGACAUCUGUCUUGUCCUUAGCCUCUGACAGAAAGUUGGAGAAGGCAGACCACUCACAGGCAGGGCUUCCACAGUGUGUUGGCACUGGGCUGGGGAAAAGCUCACAGUUUCUCCUCCAGAGAGGGUUGCCGGGUAUCUACGACCUGGUGCCUGCCACCCCAGCUCCCUAAGAGGAUCCUAUCCCGUUCCCCUGCCCCUACAAAGACACAUCAGUUGUCCCCAAGCUUGGCAGGAGUGGACAGGAGACCUACAGCCCCCAGCACCCUCUGCCUAGAUGGUGAGGCCGCCAGUGACCACAAAGACAGCUCCAAGGAGAUGGCUGCUGGACAUGCUGUUCUCCUAGCUCAUCUGUCUACUCCGCCCUUCGCCCUGCAGCCAGCUGGAGGUUACUGAAUUAUUAAUGUUCGAGUUCUGUCUGGAUCUGGGAGAGGAGGAGCCAGGAGGGUGCUUCUGGACUCUCAGUCACUGCGUUUCCCCUUCCUCUUCUGUGGGAGGUGCCCAUUCCUCCUUCCCAGGCCACCUCCUGUCUGCCUCCAGCUGUCCCUGAGCGAGAACACUCGGGUCUCCCCUCCCCACAGCUUCCCAGGAUAUGGGGAGGUCUCUUCUGACGUCCAACGUCCAACUCGCUUGGUAUCUUGGUAAAUCCACUUCUUUCUGGGACACAAAUGCAACAAUUUGUCUACGACCUUCC